CUGGCACGUGUUGGUGAGCCAGAAGUCACCAUGUUUUCGGGUGUCGGCGCUUUCAGAUCGUACAUAGCUAACACUUUUAAAUGCUUGCAUCAUCUACCUCCUUUUAGUUAUAGCAACACGAGAGAAGAGAAGAUCCCUAAGCUGGCUGGAGUUGGCAAGUUCAAAGACCUAGAAAAGAAGGGGAGAUCACGAUUAAAUACCAAUGCUGCCCUCAAUGUAAAGGACGAAUGUGUUCUAUCACUUGUGGCUACUCUAUUAGCUACUGUAAUGCAUACAGCAGUUUCUCACUUGCCUUACUUCAUUGCCAAGGCUAAUCACAUCUAUGACGGUGAUACAGGUCGAAUAGUCCAAUAUAUAAGAGAUUCCCCCAUCGUUUCUUCAUUCAUAUUAUUUAACUCAACAGGUUUUGUAGCAUCAUUGGCUAUUGUUAUGUCCAUUCUGCGCAGUUUACCAUUGAAACCGUGGACUCAGAUGGCAGUAUUUAUGUAUUAUGUCUCCUACAUGUGCAUGAUCAUGAAAAUAUUACCACUGGGAUCCUGGCUGGUACUCUUCCUUUCCGUCCCAUUGCUAUUAUUGGCAGCUUCUGGAAAACUGUGCAACUUUGCAGAGGAAAGACCUGCAAUUCCGCUACUUAUUUAAAGAAUCAGGUACUUUUAGAGAUCUGAAAUUUAUGAAUGUAUAAGGAUUUAUAUGCUUCAGAAAAAGGUACUCUUGUGUAGCUUCAUGUGUAAAUAAAAAAGGUGGAUCCACAUAUCAAC